AUGAAGCCGGUGGUCGGGAUUGUGGUGUCGAACAAGAUGCAGAAGUCCGUCGUGGUGGCCGUCGACCGCCUCUUCCACCACAAGCUCUACAACCGCUACGUCAAGCGCACCUCCAAAUUCAUGGCUCACGACGAGCAGAACCAGUGCAACAUCGGCGAUCGAGUGAGGUUGAAUCCUUCACGGCCGCUCAGCAAGCACAAGAAUUGGAUUGUGGCGGAGAUUCUUAAGAAGGCCAGGAUAUAUGUACCACCAUCUAUGGAUAAGGGCGUUUCCAAGCCCGAUGAAGCUUCGAGCGGCUUGGCAUCGUGA